AUGGAGACGCCUAUGGAUGCCAACGUCCUCGCGCAGGAAUAUGUCAAGCAGGUAUUCACGAAAGACAUGAACAUGAAAAUCAAGUUUUUCAGGUACUUUUUCUACUACCUCUUCGCCUUUGCCCGGGAGUUUGGCAUGGCGAUUUGCGAUGUCACGAUUCAAGGCUUCCUGGUUUUCGCGGUCAUCAACCUCUGCAUCCCCGCCGUGCUCAAAGAAUUCCGAGACUCCAGUGGCGGCCUCGUUGCGGUGCACCAAGUCCUGGACGUCUUCGACUUACACAAGAUAGAUAUCUUCGACCUCACUUCGAAUACCUCCUUACUCGUGCUCGAGCACGGUCUUUGCAUGUAUGCGAUCUUGAUUGCCAGCAUGCUGUUCAAUUUCUUCGUGGUCGAGCAUCAGGAACUCUAUAACGAUGCAAUCCAUAAGCUCGUUCUGAGUGGUCCCGAAAUUUGUCGUCUUCUGCUCCGGCAGGAUAUCGCACUGCGGAAAGAGGAUCUUCAGCUCGUAUCAUCUGCAGCAAAAGCUGGUUCGAAGAAACAUGCUCCCUGA